AUCUACCUGGACACCGAUUUCAUUGUGCUUAAGAACUUGAACAACCUCACCAAUGCCCUCGGUAUGCAGUCUCAGGAUGUACUGAAUGGGGCCUUUCUGUCCUUCACACCCAAGCAUGAGUUCAUGAAGCUUUGCAUGCAGGAAUUUGUGGAGAACUACAAUGGCUGGAUCUGGGCUCACCAGGGCCCUCAUCUCCUAACGCAUGCCUUCAAGAAGUGGUGCUCCAUCAGUACUAUCCAGAACAACACGACCUGCAAAGGGGUGCAUGCGCUUUCCCCAGAAGCCUUUUAUCCUAUUUGCUGGGAGGACUGGAAGAAGUUAUUUGAUACAAUCAGCUCCUCGGAGCUUCACAAGCUUCUUAAGAACACGUACGCGGUGCACUUAUGGAACAAACUGAGCCACGGGACAAGGCUAGACAUCACAUCCCAGGCUUUGCUGGCUCAGCUGUAUUCUCAGUUCUGCCCUGCCACGUACGCGAAGAUGAAGAAGGACUCUGAAGAGCAGUCUGGGCCUGUAAUGUGA